AUGAAUGUUGGAGCUGCCCACGGUAAGGUGAAUCCAAAUACCCGUGUAAUGAACAGCCGGGGUAUGUGGCUGACAUAUGCAUUGGGAGUUGGCUUGCUUCAUAUCGUUUUACUCAGUAUUCCCUUCUUCAGUGUUCCUGUUGCUUGGACCUUAACAAAUGUUAUACAUAAACUGGGCAUGUAUGUAUUUCUGCAUGCAGUAAAAGGAACACCAUUUGAAACUCCUGACCAGGGUAAAGCGAGGCUCCUAACUCAUUGGGAACAACUGGACUAUGGAGCGCAGUUUACAUCUUCAAGGAAGUUUUUCACAAUUUCUCCAAUAAUUCUAUACUUUCUGGCAAGUUUCUACACGAAGUAUGACCCAACUCACUUCAUCUUAAACACAGCUUCUCUCCUGAGUGUGCUAAUUCCAAAAAUGCCACAGCUACUUGGUGUUCGGAUCUUUGGAAUUAAUAAGUAUUGAAAUGUGUUCUGAAAUGAACAAAAAUUUUUACAGCUACUGAGUUUUCUGUAAGGAAGGAGUG